UCCGGAUCAAGCAUCAAAAGUUUGGUUAAAUUUAUUGUAUCUUGCAAUUACUUACAUGUGUGUUCGACAUCAUCGCAAUAUCCAACUCAUUGGUAUGGGGUUUAUCAAUCUAUCUGAUUGAUUAGGAAGCUUAUCACGACUGUGGCAAUGGCAGGAUACAGACUGUAGACAAGCUCUAGUGCGCGCAGUCUUCAUGGACGUGGACUUCGUUCACUAUAUAAACCCUCACAGAUAGCAAAAAAGCUCACUGUAACUUCAGUAUACACCAGCACAGUCAACAGAUUAAUCUUUUACCUGUCCAUUUCUUUUCCCAGGCAAAAUGUCAACCAGCGACUUCCACACCACACCUCUUCGCUCUCACUACGAUGUAGUGAUUGUCGGCGGUGCCACCAGUGGCUCUUCAAUUGCGUGGUACCUGAGCAUCAACCCUGACUUCAAGGGAUCAGUGCUUGUUGUUGAACGAGAUCCUUCUUUACAAUUUUCCGCCACCAAAGCUAGUAACAAUUGUAUACGGCAGCAAUUUGCAACCGCCAUCAAUGUCCAGAUCGCCCAAUAUGCGGCCGACUUUGUCAAACACUUCGGGGCUGAGUUUCCACCAGACGAAUGCGUGCCUAAUCCCCCGAUUCGUAACUUCGGAUAUCUCUACCUAUCCAAUUCGUCGAAAUUCACAGAGGUGCUGAAGGUGGACCAAACAUUGCAGGCCAGCUGCGGAGCAGGCACGCAGAUGCUAUCAAUGUCCGACAUCAAAGCAAAAUACCCGUUCUUCUACACCGAUGAUAUUGAUAGUGGGAGCCUCAAUCUUGUUGAUGAGGGUGCUUUUAAUGCCUUCGGCAUGGUGCAAUGGCUGCGCUGCGCAGCUCGCGACAACGGUGUCGAGUACAUCAGGAAUGAAGUCAUUGGUGUGAGUCUAGAUGGAAGUAAGGUGCGGAGUAUUAAGUUGCAAAGCGGGGGACAGAUCACUGUCGGCACUCUAGUCAAUGCCGCAGGUACUCGGGCUGCCAUGGUCUCUCGGCUGGCGGGCAUUGACCUGCCGAUAGAGGCCAGACGGCGUUACACUUACAUCUUCUCGAUUGAUGAGCCACUGCCUCAAGAUUUGCCCCUAACAAUUGAUCCGACAGGUGUCCAUCUUCGCUCAUAUGGUGCAAAGGACUACUUGGUCGGCUGUCCACCUAUCGGGCCAGAUACUGCCGUAGACGUGAAUGAUUUCAGCUUCGCGGAGGAUGCGUGGGGAGAGAAGAUCUUGCCGGUGAUCACUCGCCGGGUUCCUCAAUUUGCCAGUGCACGGGUGACGAAUUCCUGGAUAGGCCAUUAUGAGUUCAACACAUUUGACCAUAACGCAAUUGUUGGUCCGCACAACGAAAUCAGCAAUCUCCUUUUCUGUGUGGGCUUUUCUGGCCAUGGCAGUCAACAGGCACCGGCCUGCGGGCGUGGUGUUGCUGAGUUGAUUAUCUAUGGAAAAUUCCAGACACUUGACCUAAGUGUGCUUUCCUAUAAGAGGAUCAUGCAGAAUCGUCCUCUGAUGGAGCGAGCGGUUAUCUAAACACCUGUCGAAAGUGGUGGCGUUCAACUAGUUAUAUGUUAUAACUGCAAGAUGAGGAAUCGGAUGCCAUGUUUUCUUUUUUUGUUUUUUUUUUUUUGUUUUUUGGCAGCUAGGUAGAGACGUGCUUCUUAACAACGGUUAACGUGAUCAGAAAGCGAGUCGGCUAUGGAAACGAGCC